GAUGGCCAUACGGGAGAGAUGGCCAAUCGAAUUAUUUUUGGCAUGCAUAACUAGAUGGCGCUACAAUGCCGUCAGUACGCCUCAAGGCACGCUCGGGAACAGAGUGCGACGACGCUGCUGCGCGUAUUUAUGUUAAAAAAUGCCAAAUAAGUAUCAGAGAAAAGCCAUAGCCACUCGUGGUUGUUGGAGUGAAGAUUCACUAAAAGCUGCUAUAAAUUCCCUAAAAAAUGGAGAAAUGUCGGUGUAUAGAGCAGCAAUUAUCUACGGCAUACCUCGUAAAACACUCGAAAGAAGAUACAAGACUAACAAUGACAAAAAGGGACCAAUGGGACCUACCUCUAUGCUUGGAGAGCAAAAUGAAAAAAAACUGGCUGAUCAUAUUAAAACGAUGCAAGGAACAGGAUUCCCUUUGACAAUUAGUGAUGUAAGAGUGAUUGCCUUUCAAUUUGCAGAGCAAUUAAAUAUUAAACAUAAAUUCAAUAAAUCAGAGGAAAAGGCUGGCUAUGAUUGGCUGCAGAUGUUCUUACGCAGACACCCAGAUAUUGUUCUAAGAAAGUCUGAAGGAGUUUCAAUAGCCCGUUGUCAAGGUAUGAACAGAAACGAGGUCAGUGCCUACUUUGAUUUAUUAGAAAAAAAUCUGAUAGAUAAUGACCUGAUGACAAAGCCUAAUUGUGUGUUCAAUAUGGAUGAAUCAGGUCUACAGCUAAACAAUCGCCCUGGACAUGUACUCGCAGCAAAGGGUACUAAAGCUGUAUCCACGACAACGUCGACAGAAAAGGGUGAAACCAUCACAAUCAUAGCAUGUUGCAAUGCUGAAGGCACUUUUCUACCACCGGCGUGUAUCAUGAAGGGUAUGAAUAAAAAAAGUGAAUAUGAAGAUGGAAUGCCUCCAGGAUCCCGUAUUUUUAUGUCCAAAAAAUCCGCUUAUAUCACAUCAGCAAUAUUUUUGGAAUGGCUCAAAAUACAUUUUGUGCCUAGAAAGCCGCCAGGAAAAGUUUUACUUUUGCUUGAUGGUCACUCCACGCACUGCAAUUCAGUAGAAAUGCUUGAAUAUGCCAAUGAAAAUGAGAUCAUUCUUCUGUCUAUGCCGAGCCACACAUCUCAUUUUUUACAGCCUCUUGAUAGGGCAGUGUUUAAAUCGCUGAAAAGUCACUUUUAUGAACAAUGCCGGCUAUGGAUAAAUCAAAAUCCAGGUCGCCGAAUCACAAGACUCUCAUUUGGGUCAUUAUUGAAUAAAGCAUGGGGCAAGGCAGCUACAGCCGAAAACGCCAUUUCUGGAUUUAGAGCAAGUGGAGUGUUUCCAUUUAAUCCAACAGCAAUACCUGAUUAUGCAUUUAUCAGUGACCGACCACCAGAUGAAGUGACUAACAUUGAUUCAAGUUUACCUGUUUCUACAAGUGUAACGUCCACCACUCCACCAAAUUUCGGAGAAACAGGUGAAAAUGAACCAUUAGCAAUACCAGGAACAUCUGCUGAUCAAUGGACACCUUCUCGAAUUUUAAAAGACAUAUCUCCUAUUCCUCAAAAAAUAAUGGAAGUUCGUAAACGUAGCAAACAGGUUGGCAAAGUUUUGACUUCAGAGGAGCAUAUAGCAUUAAGAAAGGAUAAAGAAAACGAAAAGACUUUGAAAGGGCAGAGGCGUAAAGUAAAACAAGAAAAAAAAAAUGAUUAAGCCCAAAGAUAAGAAGACUGAUACAAAUAAGAAUAGAAAACGGAAAGCUGUAAGGCGUAUGAGCGAAAGCAGUUCUGAUCUCAGUGAACCAGUAUUGUGUGAUACAUCUGACGAAGAAGAUAAAGAAAACGAAGCAGAUAACUGCGCUGGAUGCGGAGAAAAUUAUUAUAAGACUCGUCUUGUGGAAGAGUGGCUCCAGUGUCUUAUUUGUGACAGGUGGGUACAUGAAAACUGUACCGAGUUUGAUGAUAUGUGUUCCAAAUGCGGACAGAAGAAGAAAAAAGAAGCUAAACAAGCCGAAUUUCAGGGAAAGGGAAAGGGAAAAGGGAAGUCAAGUACUGGCCAUCUAUCCCGUAUAGCUACGGCCAACUAACCCUGAAGCCCCGGGAGAGUUGGCCAAUUCUAUUUUUUUUAGAAAUAGCUUUUUAAUAUGUUUUUGAAUUAUAAAAAAAUAUUUGUCGUUGAUUUUUACAAGACUAAUUACUGUUAAUUAUGAUAAGAAUAAAAGACUGAUUGAAGCAACA